GCUACCUGGCUAGCUACCAAUCGCUCGCUACCUUCACAGCCCAUCCAUCGAUCCAUGUGCUCGGCGGGCGAGCAGGUCACUCAGGUCACUCACUCUGUGUAUCGGCUGGGCUGUGCCGCCUUGAGCUGCUCGCUCACGCCCUCCUCCCUGGCACGGUCGGCCACCAGCGACAGCAGUGGCGGCACGGGCAUGGGGAUGGCAGGGAACGACACUGGGGUCGCCGUCACGGAGGAGCCGUCAACACACAGGGAGGGGAAGCCCACCGAUGCCAUGGAGGCGGCGGCGGGCCCAGUCAUCGGCGCCGGCGACAGGGGUGGGGAGAGGGGGAAUGCGCCGUCCACACACGUGAUGGGAAUGAUCGGGGUCAGGGGCAGCUGCAGGCUCAUGAAGGUGCUGGUGCCGGUGGUGACGCCGCCCUCGUGUUGGCGGCCGAUGUGCUGCGGGUGUGGCGUCCCGUCAGCUGGUGUGGCCGUGAGUGCCGGCGACAGGAUGAGGCCGCCGCCGUCGACAAAGCUGGAGCGGCUGGAUGGCGUCACGCUCACCGCCCCCUCGCCGAUGGCCACGAAUGGCGGCAGUGGCACCGCACUGAGGUCCACGCCCCCACCCAUCCCGCCGUCCAUGUGUCGCAGCAUGUCCACGUCAAAGGUGUGUGGGGGAUGGCGUGGCGUCUUGGGGUGGGUGAUGGGUGUGCCGACCAAGGGCGUGAGUGUGCGGCGGGUGAUGGCGCGGCUCGCUGUGGCCGAGUCCCCUAGCAGUGGGUACGCGCGCGGCGGGCGAGGGGUCGAGGAUGGCUCAUGUGCCAGCAGCUCGGGGUGGUACUUCUUGACAUCUUUGAACCCUGACAGACAGAUAGACAGACAGACAGACAGAAGAGAGUGUGUGGUGAUGCGAUACGUGUGUGUGGUAGGUACCGUACCGUGUGCGAAUCUGCAGCGGUCCCCCAGGCUACAUGACCCCUUCUUCCACUUCUGACAUAUCUGCACAACCAACACACAUACAGCCCUGGGCGGAUCCAUCGACGCGCAGGCCUCCUUGGCUGGUUGUGGCAUGACUGACUACGUAACGUACCUGUGUCUUGUACAGUUCGGGUGUACUUCUGAGUUCGCUCUCGUGGUGGGCGAACCUGCAGUUGCGAUCCGUGCAGCUGCCGCUCUCACGGAAGGCCUUGCACAUCGUGGUCUUGCUCAGGUCAGGCAACGAACGCAUCUCGGAACGCUGCACACACACACACACACACACACACACACAUAUAUGCAUGACGCCCAUACCGCCUCCCUCACCCCCUCACCCACCCCUCCGUCCGUCCACUCCUCCCCUCUGUGUGCACUGCAGUGACUGUAUGUCGGUGGGUGGCUUACGCUAUGUGCGUAGUUGCAGUUGUCCCCCUUGGCACACCUCCCGUUGAUGUACAUGUUGCACAUCUUGGUCUGAACACACAAACACACAAACACACAAAUACAGCUACACAAGGUGAGCGUUGUCCGCUGGAUGGACGGCGUGGCCGCCCUUUCGCCAGGUGCGCUGACCUUGAUCAUGCGCUGCACCAGCGACGCUGGGAACCGCGCAAGCUUGGUGUCAGGCGUCGUGGGGCUCGAUGGUGGCGGGGUGUUUGGGCUACUCUCGGUCAUGACGGCAGGCGGGAAGACGCGGCAAACAGACGGUGCAAGGCAAGAUGCCCUCGCGUGUGGUGUCUGGCGAGGCUGCUGCAGCGAUGGAUGGUGGCGGGUGUAUUGUAUUCCUGCAGAGUAGGGCGGGGCACGACGGACGGGUGUAGGUGUCGUCGCGACGUGCAGGGUAGGGCAAGACAGCUCGGUAGACAGAAUGGAUCUUCGGUAGCUAGGCCCUGCGAACGCACCCGUGCGAAGGGCGAAAUAGGAGAGGAGUG